AUGGCGUCCUCGGCCUCCCAGGCCUCGGCUCCCGGGGCCGAAGGCGGUGCUCCCAGGCCCGGCUCCCCGUCCCGCCGGCUGCCCCGGAACGUGCUCAACGAGCGGGAGCGCAGGAAGCGGAUCUCAGCGAGCUGCGCGCACCUGCGGGCCCUGCUGCCGCACUUCGAGGGCCGGCGGGAGGACAUGGCCUCCGUGCUGGAGAUGGCCGUGCAGUUCCUGCGCCUGGCGGGGCCCGCGGGCAGAGGCGACGCGUGGCCCGCGCCACAGGACUCGGUGCAGAUGGCUCUGACCCCACGGACCCAGGCGGCCGCGGCCGAGCUCGGCGUGGAUGCGCCCAGCAGCGCCGUGCCAGCGUUCGCGUCGUCUGGGCAGCAGGACGGGGGCCUCGGGCCGGACGGCCCCGCCGCGUGUCUCGGGGAGCGGAGCCCGCCGCAUGCCCGGCUGAUCAGCCCCCCCAGCCGAGUGGGUGUGGCUGAGGCCCGCGGUGGGCCACCCCCUAUGCCUGAGCUUCCCUAUGGGGCGCCCCGGGCCCUCAGCCCACAUUCGCCCAGAGACCUGAGGCUGCCCCCAACGUGGUCCCCUUUGGAGAGUGAAGAGUCGCUAAGGCUGGGGCAUCAUCUUGCCCCGGGCCCCCCUGCCUCAUCUAGGUCCAUGUCAGAAGGUGAUCUGGAAGAUGGGACCCCCUUUCUCCUCAUGACCAGUCCUGAUUGGUGGCUGGGACCCCUGGAGGCCAGCUGUGUCCCUUCUCGGGCCCUGCCCAGGAGCAGCCCCUUGGAAGGCGCGGAGCCGGGCUUCCUGCCAGGCCUUGAGCACAGCCCCCAGGAGCUUCAGGAUGGUCCCCUUGAGCCCUGGGGCUUGGACGUGGGGGUUGCAGGCGUGGCUGUGAGAGAGGAGGCUGACAGCAUCUUCGCUGACUUUUUGGCGUACUAG